AUGGCGGAAACAAUCACAGCUCCCGAUGGCGCAUUGGAACAUGGAACGAACCAUGCCGUGGCGAAAAGAGUACUGCAGAAGAUUGACAGAAGACUAGUGCCACUGCUUUUCACCACCUAUAUGCUCAAUUUUAUGGAUAAAACCAUCUUGUCAAGUGCAUCAGUUUUUGGGUUACGCGAUGACACGGGUUUAGUUGGUCAGCAGUAUAGCUGGGUAUCCUCAGUCUUCUACUUUGGCUAUCUAGGAUGGGUAUAUCCGACAACCUUGCUCAUUGCUCGUCUGCCCGCCGCCAAAUACCUGACAGCCAACACGCUUUUCUGGGGUGCUGUGGUAGCACUUACCGCAGCCUGUACUAACUUUGGUGGCCUCAUGACUGUUCGAAUUUUGCUUGGAGUUGCUGAAGCAACCAUUACGCCAGCAUUCAUGUUCAUCACUUCAACUUGGUAUACGCGCGAUGAAAUUCCAACUAGGACUGGUCUAUGGUUUGCUGGAAAUAGCGUGGGCGGCAUCGUUUCAAGCCUCCUAGCCUACGGUCUUGGGCACGUUACUGACCAAGUCGGACCUUGGAGGUGGAUGUUCAUUGUCCUUGGUCUCGCAACGUUUCUCUGGGCAUUCGCCAUCUGGACUCUACUGCCAGACUCAAUCUCCAAGGCCAAGUUCCUGACAGAAGAGGAACGCCAAUUUGCAAGCAACAGGGCCGUGGUUGCCGGAACAGGUUCAACAGAGGAGACAGCUUGGAGAUGGGACCAGGUUAUUGAAUGCCUGAUGGACCCUAAGACCUGGUUGGUUUUUGGUCUGGAGCUUUGCACGCAGAUUCCCAAUGGAGGCACGCAGAACUUUGCCAAUCUCGUUGUUGUCUCAUUUGGAUUCACAAACUUGCAAUCCACACUACUCACCAUCCCUUACUCGCUUAUCACUGUGGCGACCAUCACUGGAACAGGGUGGCUUGCAGGGCGUUUCCGCAAGCUCAACUGCUUGCUUAUUGUUGCUGUGGUUCUCCCUUGCGUCGUCGGAAGUGCAAUAAUUUACUCCCGUGCCCACAUCGUUUUGGGCGUGCAAUUAUUUGGUUAUUUCCUCCUAUCUACUGGACCCGCGGCAAUGCCUCUAGCCAUGUCGCUGGUACAGGCCAAUUACCGCGGUGUCACCAAGAAAAUGACGAUGACUGCAAUGCUUUUCCUUGCAUACUGUGCUGGGAAUAUUUCAGGGCCUCAGUUCUUUCUUAGCAAAGAAGCACCGACCUACAACACUGCUUUCCGCACUAUUAUGAUUUGUUAUGCCCUGUCAGUUGUGCUAGCAUUAGUCCUACGCUUUUACUUGCAGUGGACUAAUGCUCGCCGUGUGCGCCUAGAGGGCUUUGAGGGCAGUUCUGGAAAUGCAGGCGCUGUCGGUGGCGGCAAAGUGUUGGAUGUUGAUCACAAUUCUCAUAAUGUGGUGGAUAUGGUGAACCAAGUGCAAUUGGUAUCAAACGACUAUGAGGAUGUCACAGACUGGAAGAUACCGGGCUUCAGAUAUCGGUAUUAG